AUGUCUUCUCAUCACUCACCGUACGAUAAUAUCGAGACUGCAUCUCACUCAACACUAGGUCACUCUGAACCUCAAGGCCAGAAACGGAAACACUCGACUUCACAGCCUGGACGCGAAUAUGGACUGAUGCGCGAUACAGGCGAGCACGAUGCCGCUCGAUUUGUAGGAAGUGGCAGUGGAAUUCAUUAUAUUCGUGCUGUUCAUCUUCGUCUUGCCAAGAGAUCAGCAUCAAGAACUACAGAACCUGGGUCUUCGACGAUAAACACGCUUAUUCCCGGUGAAGACGAUCAACUUCGUCAAGAUGCCUCAAUAAGAAGAAAUCGAGAGCAGUUUCUUUGGAAAGAUGAUGAAGUCUGUGGAAAUGACACAAGUGAUACCUUUGAAAACUUGGUCGAGUGGUCCAAGAGCUAUUUCGAGGCAUGGCAUCCUGUUCUUCCGUUCCUUCACGGGCCUCAUGUUCUGGGGUUAUUUGAAGAGGUUGCUAAGAAUGGAACGCUAUUGCUUGACCCUAUCGAUAUGGUCAUCUUGAAGUCUGUUCUUUCUAUAUCGCUCGCGGAUAGUCGACAGGCCACUCCUUUCAAAAAGCCCAUCCCAAAAGUAUAUCUCUUCAACAGCGUCGACGAUGCGUUGGCGAGCUCACAAUUUGCUUUAAGCCAGCCGGCGUCAAUCCGUUCAACCCAGGCAGCUUUGGCUAUUCAGUUGUUCCUGACUUCGAUGCUUUGUCUCAACGCCGCGUCACGGUUAGGCGGACUCAUCGUCAGAACUGCAUUUCACAUGGGUCUUCAUCGAUGCCCUGCGCGAUAUCCCUUCUUCACAGACAAGGAAGUUUCAGUUCGGCGAAGGGUUUUCUGGUGCAUCUACAUACUAGAGAGGCUUCUUUGCCAGUCUCUCGGGUUACCUCUCGAUAUACGAGAUGACGACCUGGAUGUCUGCUAUCCCGGUGAGGAACGCCAUACAAUAACGAACAGGGAAGAAAAUCCGGAAAGAUUACAACUCCUUACGUUCGUGGCAAAGCAUGCUCGCAUACGCGGACUCAUUCUCGAGCUCAGGAACAAGUCCAUGCUACAACGACAAGAUACUGCAGAUCGAACAGCGUUUGUUCAAGCUGAGCUGGCGAAAUGGUUUAAUGAAAUUCAGGACGCAGUAGAAGAGGACGAUCUGGCCGAUGCAAGCUCGACUACUCCAGCAAUAUCUGAACAUCACAAGGUUAUGGUCUUGGUGCUGAAACAUGAGUCGGCAAUAUGCUUGAAUAGACCUGGACUCGCUUCAGAACAUCCUUCUUCCUCGUACUCAUCCGCCUUUCAAGCCUGCAUCUCAGCUGCCAAGUCUAUCUUGAUAAUCCUCAAGAAACAUCGAAACCGCCAUCAGUUAUCUGUAGACUCGAAUAGUGCAAAGUCUCAAGCACCGUUGUUGUGGCCUUCCUUCACAUGGUCGAUAUGGAUCAGUGCAUUUGUCCUUAUUCAUGCUGCCUUUGAAAAGCAGGUCCAUUUGGGUAGUGCAAUGAAGCAUGUUGCUGCGGCCAAGGACAUCCUUGGUCAUCUGGCUGCACGAGAUACAUCGUGGCCAGAAUACUGCCUCGGGGCCAUUGAUGAACUCACCUCCACGGUGCAAGAACUUUCCCAAGAGCGGCCCACGAUGAUUGAAUCUCCGGUAGAUGCCAUCAUCACAACGCGUAGUUUCUCACCUAGCGUCGGAAGUCAAGUACGGGGUGGUGAAAAUACAACCCCCACAAGACUUCCAAGAACACAGCAUGCUCAAUCUCAUGGCACUGAAACAAGAGAAAGCCCAAACUCUAUCCCUCAAAACGCCUCCUCCAAUACCCAAGCAUUCCAAGGACUAUCAUCCACUCAGCCUUUCAGACCACAACAAAAAAGACCAAGGACAACGUAUCAUUCUACGGGUAUCCUACCUCAAGACAUACCUUACUCGCAACCCCAGAAUCCUCAAGCACCAUAUUCCAAUGACUUUCUAUCUACACCAAACACUUCACUGAAUCCAGAGGGACCUGGUAUGAACUUGGAUAACAUACCACUAGAAGGCCAUGAGUCAAUGAUGUGGUAUGAUCAGCUCUUUGCAAGUUCAUUCAGCGCUAUCGACAAUCCCUUUCUUGUAAAUGCGGAGUUUGACGCUUCUGUUGAUCCAACUUGGAAUUACUUAAGAUAG